AUGCUCGACGAAAACCUGCCAACCUUCCAGUUCAGACAGUCCAACGAGAACCCCCUCUCCAGUAUUCGGGCCGACCCCUCCAACCCAGCGGCGCGCAGGAAGUAUGCCGUUGCCCUGGCUGACCCCUACGCUCCCGACGUUGUCUACGCCGAAGUAGUCGUCGAGCCAGAAUGGUCCCAGCCAACCCUGUCAGCAGCCGAGGUCAGGGCGCAGCAGCAUCAGAACGGAGGCGCAUCUCUUGCGCCCCAGCCUAUGAUACCCGACAACUUUACAAUCUACCUGUACAAUCCAGACCAGGCUGUCUCGGUCAAAUACAUCCCAGGCUCUCUCACAAAGUCCGACACCUGGGAGUUCGAGAUGUUGACCCAGAGCUUCAAGAUGCCCUCCAACUCGCAGCUCGACCGUCAGACGCAGAAUGGUGAGCCUGUCGCCGAUUUCCGCCCCAGGGUCAUGUUCAGGUGGAAGAAGGACGGGAGGUUGAGCAAAGACAUGACCUGUUUCAACGUCGGAAAGAGUGUGGGCAGGCAUAAGAGCAAGGAGCCAGACAUCACAGUGGCGCUUUUCAAGCAGGGCCGGGCAACGGCAGUGACUGUGUACGAACCAAAUUUGCAGCGUAUUGACAUGGAGGACCGGAAGGGGCUGGACAUUGUGCUCGUCAUUGGGGCUGAAGUAAUCCGCGAUCUGUACCUCGCGCCAGAUAAGCGGCCAGACUUGUUCAACGUCGGGGCUUCCGGACCGUUGCCCAUCUCGACCGGCAGGCGCAAGAACUCUAGGCCCAGCCCGCCCCCGGCUGGUCCUACGAUGGCAGGUGCUCUAGGCCCGUCUGCGCCACAACCUCGGCCGGUCAUGUCCACAGCCAACAUCGCGGCCUCCUCAUCAGCCAGACCAAGCGAUGCAGCUAUCGACGCCGAGACCGAGAGGUUGAAGGCGAUGGUCGAGAGGGAGGAGAAAGAACGGCAGGCUGAAAAGCAGAGAGAAGCUCUCGAGCGUGAGAGGAGGGAUCGGGAAGAGCAGAGACGCAUCAAGCAGAUGCUUGACGAGGAGGAGAAGGAGAAGCGCCGGCGUGAGGCAGAGAUAGCCAAGGAAACGGAGCGGCUCAAGAAACUCUACGGAACCGAGGGGCAGGAUCUCACUUCGGGUCGACCACCUGCACAUCAGCCUCAAGGAAGCCCUCCCCUGCCCACACGGCCGCAGUUCCAGGGUAGACCACCGCAGCAGCAGCGGCAGCAACCACACCCGAACUUUGCCCCACCCCCUCAGCGGCCCACGAGCGUCGGACCCGGGACUGGACCUUUUCACAGCUCAACUUUGAACAACCUGUUCGCCGGCCGGCCGUCCGGGACUCCACCGCCGCAGGCAGGCCCCUCCAAACCAGGUCGCACGAAGCCGAACCAGGGCCCCUACCUGUCCGGGGCGAACCCGGCUGCCGCAGUGAGCGGCUUCUUCUCGGGCCUGAGGAAGGACGAAAGGAAGAUCACCAAGAAAAGGAGCAUGCAGUGGUAG